AACGCGGUGGCGAGUUGUCCAUUGGCUAGAUGUCGCGUUGGCGAGUUGUCGAGUCUCCCUUAGCGAGUUAACCGUGUCCUCUUUUAAGGUAUUCCUGUAUUUCGGGGUUCAGUUCCGUUAUACGCAUACACCAUACAGUUUUCUUUCCGUUCCAUAAUUGUUGGGUUAUGUAAGAGCAUUGAAUAAACAUUGGUAAGAGGAAUCCUAAAGUUCUAGGAAGUGGCCCAUUUUUACCAUAUUCCUCAAUAGAUAGGAAAAACACCUGUUUAUUACCUGCUGUUAUGAAUUACUGGCAGAUGCAAAGCUGUAGCUGAUAGCACAAUGAAGAGAACCCUAAUCAAUCAGACCUACAACUUCAUCUGCAGAAGAAAAAUUUCUACAUGGUCCACUUUAACUUCCACUUUCAAUUCUCGCCCAGUUGCCAAUUACAAGCCAAACCUAAUCAACACAGACCAGGGAUUAUUCGACGUACCCGAGCUACACUCGCACAAUGGCUUUUUUGUACUUAAAGAUCAGUGCAUCGAGAAAACCAAUGUGCUUAUCAGAGAAAUUCUUGACAGGAACAGAUCUCGUAAGCUCGUUGAGGUCUUCGACGACCUGUCCGACACGUUAUGUAAGGUGGCAGAUUUAGCAGAAUUUAUACGUUUAGCCCAUCCUUCCUCACUAUAUACAAACGCAGCAGAAACAGCGAGCUGUGCCGUAAGUGGCAUUGUAGAAAAAUUAAACACGGAUCGAAGCUUAUACACCGCUUUGCUUAAUGUAAUUAAAGACGGAGAUAAAUUUCCGACGAAUGAUAUUGAUGAUCUCGUAGGACGAUUGUUUCUCUUCGAUUUUGAGCAAAGCGGAAUUCACCUUCCUGAAUCGGAAAGGACGAAAGUCGUCGAGUUGAAUAAUUCUUUGCUGCAUUUGGGACAGCACUUCGUCUCUGGUUGUGGGACAGCUAGAACUGUCGAUCAGAAAAUUUUCCCCCCUGGCACUAGUAACUUAUUCGUCAAGGAAGGAGACAACGUCAUAGUAUCAGGUUUGUAUUCAAAUGCAUCAGAUCCGAUAGCCAGAGAAAUUGCGUAUCGCGUAUAUCUGUACCCGGAUCAGCAACAAGACCACCUUCUAACUGAAAUAUUAAAACAUCGCUACGAACUGGCGCAAGUAUGCGGUUUCCCCACUUACGCUCAUCGCGCUUUGAAAGGUAGCACUAUCGAAAAUCCGGAAACCGUCCUAGAGUUUCUCGACUGUCUCUCGAACGGGCUGAGGAUUCGAGCGGAUAAAGAUUUCGAUAUGAUGAAGGAAAUGAAAAUGUGCGAAAACGGCAGGAAAGACUUGCAGGUUUGGGAUACGGAUUAUUUUACGAAAUCGGCUAAGAAGGCGUUGUUUAACGUGGAGAGUUCCGAGUGCGCGGCGUAUUUCUCUCUAGGCAGUUGUAUGGAGGGCCUUAAUUUCUUAUUUAAUCAGCUUUACGGCAUCAGUUUUGUGGUUAAGGAUAUCAGCGCCGGAGAGUGUUGGUCACCCGACGUCUACAAAAUAGAAGUUACACAUGAAAAUGAAGGAGUUUUGGGUUACAUUUAUUGCGAUUUUUAUGAGCGCAGCGAGAAGAUCUCUCAAAAUUGUCAUUUUACAAUUCGUGGUGGAAAGGUGCUAGACGAUGGUUCCUAUCAACAUCCAGUUGUGGUACUCAUGUUGAGUUUACCAACGCCAGCGUGGUCAAGUCCAACUUUAUUAUCUCCUAGUAUGGUGGACGCGCUGUUUCACGAGAUGGGCCACGCUAUGCAUUCGAUGUUGGCGCGGACUCACUAUCAGCACGUGACCGGGACUCGUUGCAGCACCGAUUUGGCAGAAGUACCAUCUGUUUUAAUGGAAUAUUUUUGUAAUGAUCCCCGCGUUUUAAGAACAUUUGCGAGGCACUUUCGAACAAAAGAUCCUAUACCUGAGGAUAUGUUGCAACGUCUUUGCGCGGCAAAAAAUUUAUUCAUGGCUAGUGAAAUGCAAAUGCAACUAUUCUAUUCUGCUGUAGAUCAAUUUUAUCAUAGAGAGUAUCCGAUGGAAGGAUCAACCACGGAAGUAUUGGCCCAAUUGCAGGACAAGUAUUUUAGUCUACCUUACAUACCAAAUACGGCGUGGCAACUACGAUUUAGUCACCUGGUCGGAUAUGGCGCCAAAUAUUAUUCAUAUUUAGUCUCGCGAGCUUUGGCUUCGUGUAUUUGGCAAAGGUACUUUGAAAACGAUCCUCUGAACAGAACACAGGGCGAUAGAUUUAGACACGAAUUUUUAGCGUUUGGCGGUAGUAGAUCACCACGUAAAUUAGUUACAGAUUUCCUACUUAAGGAACCGACAAAUGACGUUUUAGUGAGUUCUCUUUUAAAAGAAAUAGACAAUAAGCAACAUGAAAUUGAAAGUGUGAAUAAAUCUCAAUCUUUUGAUUAGAGACCAAUUUAAGAAUUAUGUAUUCAUAAUAAUUGUUAUGUUUUAUAAAUAAAUGUUUGUUUUCUAGU